UCAGUCAUCGCUCAUCGUAGCCCUGGCGUUCGUGAGGAGGGAGUCUCUCUCCGGGCAUGCGGGGUCUCUGUAUGUGGCUUGGCCCACGUCUCUGACGGAGCUGUGCUGUGCGGUGCCCGACCCAUCUCCUCCUUCUCCAGUCGUCAGUGUUGGUUGGUAGCACUAGCUGACACGUCUCCAGCCAAUCACCACGCCGUGCGCAAUAGUGGAGGCUGCUUCGCGCUAUUCCAGUCACUCUGGUGGUGUGGUCUAUUGUGCGCUCAAAGGGGACAUGAUGUGGUCGCGUAGCUCACGUUCUCCUUUAUUUUAUGCGUGUGUGGAUAGAACAUUACCGCGGCAGUUUGUCGAGGACAUUUGCCUUUAAAUUCCACAAUUUUCCAACGUCUCCCGCCAACUUCGCGGAAUAUUAUACAACACUGUAUGGAACACUGUUUAUGUCCUAAAGGAGAACUGCUGUUUAUCAGGACUGUGUUGGGGAAACUGUGUUUACAAGUGAAGUGAUCAAAUGCAAUGACACUCCACCCUAUGACCGACGUGGAAAACGUGGUUUGACGAAGAGACUGUUCUCAUUCAUUCAUUCGGCUUCGUUGCGCGAUAACUGUAUAAUGUCAGACAGAGGAUUUUAACGCGCGCUAGGCAAACACGCUCUUACACAGAAAUGCUCUUGUGAGCUUAGCGCACCAUUUGCAUCGGAUUUGUACUACAUUUUUAAAUAAGAGACGCUCGACAAGUGAUUAUUUUGGCGCCACUCUAAGCUUUCCGAGUGUAGCGUUUUCUUAAUAUUUCGUGGCAUAUGCACCAUGCGGACUUCUCGUUUCCUUGUAUAGCUAUCACCUCAUAGUUCGGAAUGUAAGGAUUUCAUACCACAGUUUUGAACACCGAAAGAACAGACGUGGAGGAGGUACUGGCAUUCGGGUGGGAUUUGAAUAUCGAAGAGACCGACGUUCUGGGAAGAGUUUUGGCUUGACAGCUCCAAGGCUACAUAUCCCCUCCUCCCCUUCUGCCCUCCUGCCGCUCUUCUCCUCCUCCCCUUUCUUGUUGUCCUGUCCCACAGCUGUAAUGCCCUGCCAGCCCCCCGCCACCUGCCCACUGCACCCACCCCAGCUCCAGCCCCAUCCCCAUCUCUAUCUCCAUCCCCAGUAGGAUGCCCAGGCUCGGCCAAGCUCGCCCUCGUCCUCCACCCCGCUACUUCGCCCGCCACCAGCACCACCAACUAGACCACCACCACCAACGCCACCACCACCACCUCCUCCUCUCCUCCACCGCCCAGACUCGGCCCGGCCCCCUCUGGCCGCGGCUCCCGACCCAACCACCAACACCACGCCCACCAUCAACGGCGGCAGCCACGGUCACACCAUGAUGCGGGUGGACGAGGUGAUCGGCACCAACGCGCUGGCCUGGCUGGUGUGCUCGGGCGUGUCCAUCCUAGCCAACGCCUGGGGCAUCCUGAGCGUGAGUGCCAAGCAGAAGAAGUGGAAGCCCCUGGAGUUCCUCAUCUGCACGCUGGCCGGCACGCACAUCCUCAACAUGGGUAUCCCCGUCACCAUGUACUGCGUCAUCACGCUGCGCCGACAACACUCCACCUACGAGUGGAACGAGGGCCUCUGCAAGGUCUUCGUCUCCACCUUCUACACCCUCACACUAGUCACCUGCUUCUCCAUCACCUCGCUCUCCUACCACCGCAUGUGGAUGGUGCGCUGGCCCGUCAACUACAGGCUGAGCAACACUAAGAAGCAGGCGGUGCAUACAGUGAUGGGCAUCUGGAUGGUGUCCUUCAUCCUGUCCACGCUGCCCGCGGUGGGCUGGCACGACACCACCGAGCGCUUCUACACGCAGGACUGCCGCUUCAUCGUAACGGAGAUCGGCCUGGGCUUCGGCGUCUGCUUCCUGCUGCUGAUUGGCGGCAGCGUGGUGAUGGGCGUGGUCUGCAUCGGCAUCGCGCUCUUCCAGACCUUCUCGCUGCAGCAGGGGGCCCACAAGAAUGCCGCCGACAAGAACAAGUUCAACGUGCCCACCAUCGUGGUGGAGGAUGCACAGGGCAAGCGGCGCUCGUCCAUCGACGGCUCCGAGCCCGUCAAGACCUCGCUGCAGAUCACCUACCUGAUCAGUGGCAUCGUUUUCAUAUACGACUUCCUCACCGGCUUCCCCAUACUGGUGGUGAGUUUUGCCAGUCUAAAGUACGACCGCUCGUACACGUGGAUGGUUCCAUGUGUGCUGUGGUGCUCCAUCGCCCAGUCCAUCCUGCUGCCCAUGUUCCUCUGGGCCUGUGACCGCUACCGCGCCGACGUCAAGAUGGUCUGGGAGAAAUGCGUGGCCAUCAUGUCCAACGAUGACGUGGACGAAGAAAACAGCCAGGAUGGAGCCUUUCAUCCGGACUUAAUUUAUGACAGACCGUAUGACUAUAGCCCGGGGCCCGAUAUCAUGACGAUAGACCGUAUUGCCAAGUACGAAUUCUCAACCUUAGAAAGGGGUGUGCCCCACGGUUACCCAUUGAGGGAACACCAGGAAGAUAAAAUGCAGUACUUGCAGGUGCCCCCUACAAGAAGAUACUCCCACGACGACACCGACAUGUGGACCAGCGGCCAGAUCCCCUCCUACCUGCACCGCUGGGGCUCCACGGAGGACAUCAUGGGCAUGGGCAUCCAGCCGCACUACAGCUCAUCGCGCCACCACCACCACCACCAGCGCCGGAUGGGCAGCCUGGUGUCCUACCAUGAGGAGGGCUAUGGCGGCGGUGGUGGUGGUGGGGGUGGGGGCAGCGGCGGGGGCAGCGGCCACUACCGGCCCAAGCGCCGACGCUCGGAGGACAGUGGCUACGCCCUGCGGGGCCUGCCACGCGUGGCUGACGACUUCCUCCGGUGUUUCGGCCGCGACGAGGUCAUCAGCUUCAUCGACGAGACGCCGCUGGCCAGCCCCAUGAAGAGCCCGCGCCGCGCCUCUGCCAUCUCGCUGCUGCCCCAGUCCUUCGAGGUGCUGCCGCCGCCGCGUGGCAGUGGCACCGGGCAGCCCGUGAUCAUCCCUUUCCCGCACUUCCCCCUCACCCACUUCGAUCGCGAGCCCCAGGCGCUGCGCCGCCUCUCGGACCACAGCAGGGGCUGCAUGCUCACCGAGCUGCCCCAGGACCAUGGAGGCCGAGGCACUGGAGGAGGUGAGAGAGGAGAAGGAGGAGGAGGAGGAGGGAGCCGCAGGGGGAGCAGGCGGAGCAGUAGGGCCAUGGUGGCGGUCACCAUGGUGGAUGGCUCCCCCCGCAGGGCAGGGAACGGUAGUGCGGGGUCGCCUGCUGCUGGGAGCAGAAGUGGUGGUGGUGGCAGUGGUGGCAGUGGCUGCAGCUUCCGGGACUCCAAGUGUGUCACAGCACAGGACAUGGGGCCUCACAGUGCCGGGGCCACACAGGAGGGUGAUCAGGGGCCCGUCACGGUCACGGCCCCUGGCCAGAGACACAGGACUGGCCCCGCCGGGGAGUGUGGCGGUGGAGGUGGAGGAGGGGAGGCCUGGGAGACCGAACAGCAGCAGCAGCAGCAGCAGCAGAAACUCCUGAUGAAAAUGGAGAGUAAAGGAAGCACAAAUAGUUUUAUAAGCUCGCCCUCUGCCUCCUCGUCCGGCUACGUCACGUUCCACUCGGACUCGGUCGGCUCCACCACCUAACCCGGAGCGCGAGCGAGAGGAGCGUCUGCACAGCUUCCUCACUGUUGGCUGGUCUUAUUACUUAUUGACUUUGUCAAUGCUCUCUAAUGGGAAUCCGCUAUAAGUGCUGAUUCAAGAGGAAUGUUUUUGUAUUACGAGCACAGUUGAGAGAUAGGAGGGAGGGAGAGAAAAUUGGACGCCGUUGAGUUUUACCGAGGUUCUCCUGCGUUGUAGAAUCGGUCAGCCAUGUUGCAAGGGAUUCUUUCAAACAUCAGCCAAGUCCAAAUCACAAGGGAGAGAGUACUGACCUUACAGCAUACUGUGUGUGUGAGAGAGAGCGAGUCUGUGUGUUUAACAUUCACUUUGAUUCCUUUAAAGGCAAUGCACAGCAUGGUAGGGGGAUUCAAUGCUUUUAGAGAAGAUUGUGGGCAGUACGCUCUCCAUUCUGUUUCGUUUUCCCUUUUCUCUGUUCACGCCACACAUUUCCCGCGCACAGGUGCACUCUUUUAUAUGCUUGUUUCUCUGGGUUAGGCAGGGCUUUGUUUAUACCAAUAUUGAACUAUUGUUUAAUAGCUUCAUAUAUAUGAAAGGGAUUCUGAAAUACUUAUUUUUUAUCAUAAAUUGGUUUAGUUUUAAAGUGAUGGGUCGUUUAUUUAUUUUUUUGUUUUAUUGUUUUUUUUUCUCCUACUGCCCAUAGUUAUUUAGGGUCCCAGACUGCCCCUUUGGAUCCUUUCUCAUACCUUAUGUGUUGAGGUCAUGUUGUCAACUGAGAAAUGUAGAUGUGUUGUACUCACAAGAUUAUUUCCCCGUUUGUACUCAUGUUAAAAGUAGACAUUGCCUGUCUCUGAGUUUCAUAUUGCACUUCAAAUGCUAUUUUGCUAUGGUUUGUCCGUUGGUGUGUCGAGGAGAGAACAACCCUGACGUGAUCUUUUGGAGCCCACUGUGUGUCUGACACUUUGGGCCAGAGACAAAGGACUUCUUUGGCAAUGAAGAGGACAAAAGCGUCUUCAUUUCCCAGUGAGCCAGUAUAUUUACAGUAAUAGUAUUUCCAGUAAGUGUAUCCAUUAUUUACAGUUGCCCCCGAGAUUUCAGGUUACAAUUGAACAGAUUUCUGCUAUAUUAAAAGAAAAGUUGUAUUUAAGAGUUUAAGACAGGGGUGGUGAACCUAUGUCUUGAGGGCCAUUUACGGCCCUUGAGACCAUCUUAUCUGUCCCCGACAUGAAAUAUGACAUAUUUUGUAAAGAAAGUUAGAAAUUACAUUUGCAAUACAAUUAAGAUACAUUUUCAGGGAACCUGGUGAAGGUGGGGUCUGUUGUAAAGGUUUAUGUCUUCAAUAUAGGCAUAAAGUGCAGGGGAAGAUCCAGGUUUGUGUUCAUAGUACGGCCAUUGGAGGACUUUAGGACUUGGACUUGGAGGUCCCUGGAAUGAAAAAGUUUCCCCACCCCUGGUCUACGAUGUGUCAUUUGCAUCUGAUGGCAUGGUGUGUUGUUAUUAUAUAUUUAUUAGGGACUGUUGUUGACUGAAAAGUGGGAGUUCAGACUCCUGGUUUAGCAUCAGAGGAAAGCAUGCACGGGUAUGUAUAUAUAAGGCUGCCCUUUGCCAAAAAACUGUUGUGAAACUCGCCAAUGGUGCUCCACGCAAGUGCAGCUGAGUUGUAGGCCUACUGAUCUUUCUGGCAGUGAUUACGACCUGCCUCUCGGAUCUUGCACUCUGCCAUUUAACCACACUGACUAGUCAGUGCACCAGAGUCUUCCACAUCAUGUUACGAUUACCCAGUCCUAGGCCUAUAUUAUAUUAAACAUGCAUUACUACUAUACACUGGGCAAUAUUACAACCACAGCAACAUUCCGGCAGGAUUUGGAAAAUGCGUUGUGAAAUCUACAAGAAUGAGUAUUAUUACUAAAUGAAUGUAUUUCCAAUAACGCGGGUUAAGACAAAGGAUUCAGAGAGGAGAUAAGGAAGAACCACAAAAUAAAUCAAUACUGCCUGCAACUUGAAAAGUACCCAGAAUAACCUCUUGGUAGCCUAAUGUUUGUGGGAUUUUUUAUUAACUUUUGGCAUUGUUUAAAUGAUUAUUCAAUGAUGUAGCACUGUCAGAUGUUAAAGCACUUUGACCUGUAAAUUGAAACAUUUGGCCAUAUUCUUUUUGUGGUCUGAGAUAUUCUGCGGUCUGUGCGUUCAGUUUACACUUUUGUUUCCAAUGCAUCACAAUUUGAUUACAUACUCAUACAGUACAACACCUAUGUUUUUAAAUCUGUACGUCUUAAAGAUAACGAUUUGAGAUUGAAAUUAGACCUUGUUUAGGUCGUUUUUCUUCUUUUUUGGGGAAAAUAUCAGAGAGUAAUUUGUAACAUAUCCUCUGUUUAAAAUACUUUGUCAAACUAAUGGAGUAUGUUUGAUGUUAUGUUGCUGAACUUUUGACUUGCUUGAGGUGAUUACAUUUACAUGAAAAGAAA